AAGUAGUACACUCCUAACUUACAAUCAUUGAAAAUAAACAAGAUUAUUACUCAUUAAUUAUUGGGACAACUAAGGUUGCAAGAUGUUUUGCUCCUGCCACGCUAUCUCUUUCGCCAGCCCCCGUGAACUCAUUCUCAAUUCGCUCGCCAUGGGCGAGACCGCGCGAGCAGAGGUGCUGAGGAGGCGAUGUCGGUUGAGAGAGAGGAGAAGAGAGAAGAGAAAAGAGAAAGAAGGAGGAAGAAGAAAAAGAAGGAAGGAAGGAGGGAGAAGAGAAGGAGGAGGAAGGAGAAUGGGAGGAGGAAGAAGAAAAAGAAGGAAGGAAGGAGGGAGAAGAGAAGGAGGAGGAAGGAGAAUGGGAGGAGGAAGGAGAAGGGGAGGAGGAAGAAGAAGAAGAGUAAGGUGGACUCGUACGUUAAAUCCAGAUUUUUUGAGUUAAAGUCGGUGUAUUGGACGGACAAGUGGUUGAAAUGGUUGGAGUGGUGCAGACGGAGUCGGGCUGAGUUCAAUAUCCUGGUGCAAGCAUGUCCAAGAGAAGCGUAUGAUAGUAGCAGUGCAACAGCAUCAGUAGAAGAAGAGGAUGCAUGAGGGCAUGCAGUGUUGAUGAAGGAAGUUGAACAGAGGCAAAUGACUGAGGCUGAGGUUGUUGUGCAUAUACAGGUGAUAGAAGUUGAGGAGGGUCAGGCUGAUGCAGGGGAGGAAAUUGAAGAAAUUAUUGUUGAGCUUAAGAACGUGGACCGUAACGCAAUUCAUGAGGAAGAAACUUUAUUGGAAUCUGUAAAUGUAGAUGAUGAUAACGGUGAUGAUAAGGAUGAUCAAAGAUGAUGAGUACUCUAAUAUUGUCAUCCUAGAAGAAUGGAACAUUUCUGACAAAGUGAGGAUGCAAGUUAUGGAGAACCAUGACUCCUCUUGGGAAUAUGGUUCAAGUAUGGUUCACCUAAAUCAGGUUUUCCCCAAUCAGUCUGAAAUGAAGUAUGCAGUGGCACAGUGGGCAGUGACAUCACACAAAGAGGUAUUUGUUGCUGUAUUAAGCCCAGAAAGUACAAUAUCAAGUGCAGAACUUUUGGAUGCAACUUUUAUGUUCAUGCAUAUAAGCCGAAGCAUUCAACCCAUCGGGUAGCCUAUAGAGUGGUUCAGCAUAAUUGUAUCCUGGAAAAUGCUGGUCGGAAGCACCGCAACCUCACUGUUGCACUAGUUGCAAAUAAAUUGUUCAUUGAGAUUAUUUAGAAGUGGGACAUAGAAUGCUCGUUCAUCCAACGAGCAAUAUUACGACAGUUCAAAUAUGAGAUUACUUAUCAAAAGGCUUGGCGUGCGAAGCAGAAAGCCUUAGAGAAGCAGUGGGGUACAUAUGAGGCAUCUUAUUGCAACCUACCCCGUGUGCUUCAAAUUCUGAAGAACAGAAACCCCGGCACAUACACCACUUUCAAGGAGACUAAACUUGAUGAAAACCAGCCUAUGAUUUUUCGACGUGCUUUUUUUUUUUUGCUUUAGGUUAGUGUAUUCAAUCCUUCCAGCAUUGCUGUCCUUUGCUUUGCGUGGAUGGUACAUUCUUGACUGAGAAGUACAAAUGCCAGAUUCUCACUGCAAUUGGUAUUGAUGCAAAUAAGCAGAUACUUUCUUUGGUAUUUGCAUUUGUGGAGGGUGAGAGCAGGUUGAGCUG